GUAGAUCAAGAUGCUCCGGCAGUCCUGCCUUCAGACUUCAGGGUGGGACCGCGAAUGAAUGGAUGUUUGCUGCUGAAACAUUUUGUUGCCUGCCCUCGGCACUAACUUUGCUACAGGGCACUGUAAGACUUUCCCGAGCAUGUUGAUUUACCGGAGUAGAAAGGUAGAACGUCCAGGGGUGCUGUGCUGAAGCGAGAAAUAAUUCCAUUGGCUUUACGGAGUGUGGAAAUAGUCCUACGGUUCCAAACUGGUACGAACCCCCUUGAGAGAUUCGGGCGGAUGAAUGACGAACUCAGCGCGGUUCGGCAGUGAUUUCCACCAAAGAACCUGUGGCCCUGUGAUACUGUAUUGUGUGCCGUCUUCAGGCAACAACGUUACGUGCUACCCCGUGACUCGACAGUACAAGGUAGGUCUACGCUCCUAGCAACCAGCACUAUGAAAGAACUUUGAAGCAUUCCAUCAUUUCGUCAGGCUCCAUCAGCGAUCUUCGUUCAUCGGACGUGUCCAAACGAACUACACGUCUCGGCUUUGUCUGUUUGUUGAUCAGUGGUUUAGACAAGAGCGGACAGAAACCCGCAGAGACACGAGUCGACGCGCAGGAAUAAAAGGAAGUUGGGAGUUGACUUUAGUGUACUGUGUGUAGUAUUUGGAGAAAUUCGAAGUCACGCGUUAGUCGGAGUCAGAAGUCGGCAUUCAACCGAGACAUUAGGCUCUCCAUCGUCCUGUAACGAUGAGUGUCGAGAUCCGUGAGACACAGCCCUUGACGGGUCGAGCCGGCCGAUUCACAGCGAUAACGAGUAGAUCUACGAACGAAGAGGGGACCAGCAAUCGUAGUCGUGGCGGAGCGUGGCACCCAUCUUACACGAUCUUGGCCGUUGCCCUGCUGGAGCGAAUCGGCAGAGCUGGCAUAAUUAUCAAUCUCGUCCAGUACCUGGAAUACCAUAGCUUUCUUGAAUGGAGCACCGCGGACACCACCAUUGCAGCACUACUGUGCACCAAGCUGUCAUUCAUGGGAGCUGUUUUCUCGGGCUUACUGGCGGACACACUGUUUGGACACUACCGUGUGCUACUGGCCUCGCUGGUACUGCAGUUUGUCGGUUCGCUGCUUCUGCUGGCGGCCACUGUGGAGGAGUUUGAAUCGCAGCGCGAUGACGUGCACCAAGGGUCUUUUGAAGGCCUGGUGACAUCUGGAUUAGUCCUGUUCGGGCUCGGUGUAGCGGGGUGUAGUGGCACCGAGAUUCCGCUAGGCGUCAGCCAGCACGCCCUGCGAGGCGAGACCGAGCAGAAGGCAAAGUCGUUCUUCCCGCGCUACUACUGGUUCCAGAACGUUGGCGCAGUGCUGGGCGUGUCCGUCAUUGGAACCGUCCAAGUGCAGGCCAAGCACAACCUACACGUAUACGGGUAUGUGCUACCGCCAGUGUUCUUCUUUCUCAGCAUUGUGACUUUCCUCGUGCUCAAUCGAGGCAUACUGACGGAGACACCUUCCCGUGCUCAUCCAUUCACCGACACGUGGCGAACAAUGAAGGAAGCUGUUCGAGUCCGAUGGCGCCGGAGAGGAAGAGUGACACUAGGCAGCGUUGCUCACGCCGCCAACCGGCAGUACUGGAAGAACACAAAGGGAUCACUUGCCAACUGGGUACGCUACGCCGAGGAGAGCCAUGGCGGGUGCAUUCUGUACAACACGGUCGCCAGAGUGCACAACUUUCUCUCUGUUAUUGCCAUCCUGGCAGCUAUGGUGUUUUGUGAAGUAACUAUAGCACAGACCUACACAUCCUUUGUCUCCCAAGGAAACGUUAUGUCCCUGCCCAUUCCAAGGGACUCUGAAAGCCGCAGCUCCUUCUACAUCCCUGCUUCGUUCUUCGCCAGCUUCAACAACGUGGGAGUCCUCCUGGGAAUUCCCCUCGUCGUCUUCAUCGUCUACCCGUGCUGGCAGCGCUUCUCCGGUGGCACCCCACCGAGUCACCUGAAGCGCAUCACGGUGGGCAUGGUGAUCGCCAUUCUGGCAAUUGCGGCCGCUGCUGUUCUCGAAGUGGAGAGGAGAAGCGAGGGCAGGUGGAACUCUACAGUAGUGGUAGACCAUGACAAUCCCGGCAACCCCAGUACCAUCUUGACUGUGUCCAGUGUCUCCAUAUCCUACCAGAUACCGCAGUACACCUUGUCGGGAAUCUCCGAAGUCUUCAUUAUUAUCUCAGCUCUGGAGUUUGCGUAUUCGCGGUCACCGACUGGUAUGAAGGGGAUAUCGGUUGGUCUCGUGUAUGGCUUGGCAGGCCUGACAUCCAUUGUCAAUGUCGGCGUGCUGCAGCUGAUUCAGGCGCACGAUAAAACAUUGUUCUACGUGAAUGGCACCCAAGGAAAGGUACAUUUCUAUUUCAUUGCCCUCGGCUGUAUUAUGGUGGUCGGUUUGGCAAUCUUCCAAGUGGCCGCCAGCCGCUUCAAGACAGCACCCAUCUAUGCUUCAACUUCCACCGAAAAAAAGUCCUACAAUGCAACGUAUAGUGCGGCGGUGCGGAGUUUUGCAGCAUAACAAAAAAUAGUCGUAAAAUACCGGUAUUAUACGACUCCCUGGCAUGACAUACUUACUAAUGGGAGUACUGUAAAAGCCAUUCUUCUAACGAGGCGCAUACAUAACGAUUUCCCAAAAUUGACUAGUUAACGUGUACCAAAGGUAACGAUUGUCACUCAUUCUGAACGCUCAAUGGGACAGUAUAUGUAUCGAUUUCUGUAUAACGAUUUCUAUUUUAACGACAGAUUUCUCUUCGUUAACUCGUUAGAGUUAGCACUUUGUUAUAUAUAUAUAAAUAUGUAUAUACAUGUAUAUGGCUUUUACAGUAAUGCAUAACACUGCUUUAGAACACUGCGCAUCACUGAAUCCAUUCGGCCAACAAUAUUUUCAAACUCAAUACUCGCCUACUUCGAAGUAGUUAGUAAAAUAAUAUUUUACUAUGUAACAGUAAUUAUUCUACUACAGUACAUUGUGAUUUCCUUGAAUGUAAAAAUAAGGUUGAGAAGCAUCGCUGUGAGGUAGCGGAGUGACUGCAAAGUUUAUGCCAAGCAAUCAAAUAUCACAAGUAAUUCUUCCCAUUUUUUUCUUCGAUAUUAUUCUGCUUCUUUUUCUGCCCUAUACAAUUAUACAUAGCGUCACUCUGCUUUGAAUGCACUACAUGAAUACUCUUAAAGCAGUCUAACUACAAUUUGAAGAAGUUCGCCGUUACGCUACA